AUGGCCCUCGGUGAAAGACGUAAUGUAAUGGAUGCUUGUCAUACCAAGAUGAAGUUGGAGAGAGGUUCUGCUAGUGAGAGGGGUGUGCAGGGUGCAGUUGGAAGCAUGCGGAGUUUGUUGGGAUUGUUGGCGAUCGCUGGUGCAGUGCAGCCGGAUGGACCUCGUGUGGUAUUAUAUCAGGACCAAUGGGCGUUGUACGGACGGCAGUUUAGUGUGUACGAUUUGGAUGACACGAUAAUGAUUCGUGAUAUGCCAUAUUCAGAUUUCUUCCUGAUGCACGCAUUCUUGUAUGCGGAUCCGUCUACGUGUUUGUUGCACACGACGGACCGUUGGGGUGAUUUCGGAUGGGCCAUGUUCGAGACUACGCCGGGUGUGUAUGACAACCGCGGUCGCACACAGGCCGGGUACACUGGUACACGUGGUUGGUUCGGUUACUAUGCGGAUUUGAAGAAGCGUUACAGUGACAAGAACCUGCACAUUAUGCCUUCUAUUGGUGGUUGGUCGUUGUCCCAUUCGCUCCAGCAUUGCACACAGGCGGGUGCGCCACAGUUCCUAGGUGCUUUGGUUGAGCAUACCAAGUACUGGGGAUGGGACGGUAUCGACAUUGAUUGGGAGUACCCGUCCUGCGACGGUCCCUGCGGUUGCCAGGACGAAUAUACUUGCAGCGCCGAUAAGAACGGAAGCUCGACUAACAACAACAGUUCGCCUGGUGACUGGGCCAAGUACGCGGUGUUUUUGAGCACGCUGCGUAAGGAGCUCGACAAACUGUCUUCCUCAACUGGCAAAGGACACUUGUACAUGUCCAUGGCCAUCGGCAUGAGCCCUCAUCUGCUCAAGGGCGAUGCCGCACCCUUCGUGGACCCCACGCCGAUCGAGUGGUUGUGCUCCGACACUAGUGUGGACUUCCUGAACCUCAUGACCUAUGACUUCUUCGGAACCUGGCUGCGUAAGACGGGGCCGCUGGCGCCGCUGUACGACUCGACGUACUCGACCGAUGACGACCAGCUGAACCUGAAUGACUCGAUCUCGAACGUCGUCUCGCGCUGCAUCAGUCCGAAGAAGCUAAACAUGGGACUCGCGACUUACUCAAAGGCCUGGCGUAAAGUGCAGAAGACUGGCGACGUACCCGGCUUCUUCGUGGAGUCGGACGAGACUAUACCGGGUGUGCGUGAAACGAACGCCGGGUGGCAAGUUACGGGCUCGCUGGACAUUAUCGACCAAGGCGAGAAUGCUGCCGCGCCCAAGACAGGUACUUUGCCGUGGUACGAACUUGUGACCAAAUGGUUCGACAAGUGCGAACGCACUUGGGCGGCGGGAAGCGAGAUUCCUACCUUGUACUGCGCACAGUCGCCGGUCAUCUCCGACGAUACUCAGGUCUUCAUCGCCUACGAAGACCCCGAGUCGUGGUACUAUAAGAUGGCUUACGCGCAGCGCGCUGGUCUCGGAGGUGCGAUUAUCUGGACGUCAGGUGAUUUCGGCGGUACCAUGCAGAUGGACAAUGCAUCGGGCAAGGACAUUGGCAAGCCCUUGUGGAGGUCUAUCUUCCAGGGAUGGUACCGUGACCUUUCCAUUAACAUUGGAGAUGCCAAAAUCACCGGCAGUGGCCCCGGCGCCUCCUGGCCUCUGCUCACUAACAAGGACCCCGCCUGCGCUGAUGAUCAACCCAACUGCAGCUGUCCCCUUGAACCUGAACCCAGACCCAGCAGAACCGACCUCUACCAACAGUGCCAGAAUCCGCUCGGCAGUUCCAUCGACUGCCCCGGUUGCGGAGAUACCGCCACUCCUCCGUCCGGCAACGCCCCUACCAGCCCCGUUCUGCCACCCACCGAUUGCAGACGUCCGGCAGAUCAACCCGCACCCGCCAAGCUCGAUGACCCUCUCAGCUCCUAUACCUCCAUGGGCUGCGGUGGCAAAUCCGGCGGCGGCGGCGGAGACGACUCCACCACACAACCUCCCACUACCGCGACCACCGGCACGACUCCGAGCACCGGUACGACUGCCACCACCGCUCCCACGACUGCCACCACCGCUCCCGUCACUACGCCUGGCAGCGACUCCGACUUCUCGGACGAGGCCAGCUGCGUCGCCAACGGCUGCUCCUGGGAGUGCUCUUAG